AUGGGUCGGCCUGGUGAGGCGACUGCAUCUCUAGCUGGAGCAAUGAGAGGCCGUCGCGAGGUUGAGGUCUACUCCUGCGGUCAUGCAGGUAUUCGACAAGACAUCCUCGCCGACUCGCUUGAUCCGACGGUUCGCCAGCGCGGGGAGGCCCGAUUGAGUCCCUCCGCGUCGCCGGAGACCUCAAGCAGUGACUUCGAGCAGGAAAAUGGGCGCCGACUGAGCGGGGGAGGACGCGCAUCUCUCGUCUCGGACGAUCUCUUAGAUGAGGCUCACGAUCCUCUGAAAAGGGAGGCCCCCGCAUGUUUUCCGAAUGACUCCCACGAUUCUAUCACGGCCGUGUAUCGCUUUCUUUCCACAAACUUUGCGAUCGAACAACUACAAGCAAGAUGGCAGUUUCAUUCCUUUUUCACCCAGGACCCGAGUGUUCUGGGGAAGCAAUCAUCAAUACGACAGAAGACGGUGGUCGAUGGAGAAUACAAACUCCCAUUGACGAACCUCGUGCUCCCGCGAAGGGAUGCUCUCUUUGCAAACAUGGCCUUCAAUCUCCUCGUUUUCGACAGCGAACUGUCCCCUGAUCGAUCCAACUGGGCCUGCCCAUUCGGGCACUGCAAGUUGAACUUCGCCGACCCAAAGGCCUUGAUGCAUCAUAUCCUCGAUUGUCCUCAUUUUUCGAGCGACCGUGUAUUUUGCAACUGCUGCACAAAGGACGACCGCUUUGAGCAACACUGCCAACACGAACGUGCUGAAAAUAUCGCCUCCCAUGGAACCGAGAAGAGCUCCUCAAAGAAGCGCAACCCAAUUCGCAAGCUCAGCAACAUUUUUUCUCGAAACCGUAUAGAGUCAAGGGGCUCAUCCCCGAGCUCCGAGUGCCCCGUUAGUCCAGUUUCGACACAUCGCCGACCAAGCAUUCUUUCGUUGAUGACGCCAACGCCGAGCCCACCCAGUGCGUCUCGCAAGGGGUCCUCGCCGAGUCCUCAAGAACCAGACAGGGGGGCAUCUAUCCCAGCAUCGCCCAGGUACCAAGAGGCCUUCAGUGAGCUUAUUGGGUCUGAGCCUCUUAUUAUCCGCGGGAUUCAAGAGCUCCAUUCCCGUGAAGUCCCCAGUGAGCUUUCUAAUGCCACAAGAGCUCAGGAGCUCCCGGGUCAAAUGUUUAGCGACAUAGACAUGUGCGAGUCUCCUACUACGGAGGACUUACACAUGGAUUCCACGGCUUCUGACCAGGACCCGUUCCAGGCAUAUAAUGCCUCCUUCGCACGCCAAAUGGAGGCCUCCCACAUCGAGCUCCCCCCCACCAAUAGUCUCGACUCUGCAUUUCAGCCUCAGCAUCAGCUCCAGCCAUGUUCGUUGAUGCAACCACUGCAGCAACUGCAGCAGCAACUGCAGGAGGAUCCUUGGCUCCAUUCUGACUCGCAAGCCUCUGCUGCGACCGUCCAAGAGGGGAUGUAUUCGACUGGGUGUUCCAUGAGCAGCCGCGAUGGCUUCUCAAUCCUUCCCGGGCAGUCUCGCCACCAACAGAUGAAUCCAUCUCCCAGCUCAAAUCACAUCAGUGGUCAAACACGGAAGUAUUCUGGGGAUUCCGCAUAUUCCAGGACCUCAAGCGGCACCAUGGCAAUUGAACAUACUCCGCAGAAUGGCGCUGUGCAUCAACCAACUUUCGAUGCAGGACGACUGACUAGCUCACCAUUCCCGACAGCCCAAAUAUCCGCAGCUGCUGGUCCGGUCACUGCCGAGCCUGCUGGGGAUCAAGAUCUCCGAUGCCCAUAUUCAGACUGCGACUACCGUCCUAAGGGAAGCAGAAGAGAAAAUUACCCUCACUAUCGCAGGAAGCACAUUGAAAAUACGCACCUGCAUCGCUACCGAGUUCGCUGUCCAGACUGUGGUAGUUUGUUAAGCCGCAGCGACAACCUCAGGGUGCACCAGGAGACGGCGGCGUGUCCCCGGACCCGGUCCUUUGGGGCGCCUUAUCCGCCUCAUCGCGCGGCCAGGCGAUAUGGGCCGGCACAUAGAAGGGAAUGGGGGGGCGGUUGGCAGGGAGAGUAAGGAUUUGAGCGCCCAAGAGGCUGCGACGAGGCUUAGUAUUAGUUAACUCGACCGUCUUUGACAGGGACCACAGGGACGACGGUGCGGGAGAGGCUGGAACUCGAAAUUGUAAUUCGUGGAUAGAAGAGCUGCGGGAUCAGACUA